AUUAAGGAUAUUUAGUUAUCUAUUUCUGGGUGAGAGAGAGAGAGACAGAGAGAGAAGGAGUAAUGGAUGAUUUGCCACCUGGGUUUCGGUUCUACCCGACAGAGGAAGAGUUGGUUUCAUUCUAUCUGCAUAACAAGCUGGAAGGGAAGCGAGAGGAUUUAAAUCGAGUUAUGAACCGGGUUAUACCAGUUGUGGACAUAUAUGAGUUCAAUCCAUGGGAUCUCCCACAGUUUUCUGGAGUGCUUUGUUAUGGAGACCCUGAGCAGUGGUUCUUCUUCAUCCCCAGACAAGAGAGUGAAGCCCGAGGGGGCAGACCGAGGAGACUCACAACAACUGGGUACUGGAAAGCCACCGGCUCUCCUAAUUAUGUCUACUCUUCCAAUAAUCGCAUGAUUGGUGUGAAACGGACCAUGGUUUUCUACAACGGAAGAGCUCCAAACGGGAAAAAAACCGAGUGGAAGAUGAAUGAAUAUAAAGCCAUUGAAGGAGAGGCCUCCGUUUCCAGUAGUGCAACUCCUGCGUUACGGCAAGAAUUUAGUUUGUGUCGAGUUUACAAGAAAUCAAAGUGUUUGAGAGCAUUUGACAGACGGCCGUCCGGAGUGGUUAUAGGUGGUGAUCAGCCAGGUGGUCAUCCAGGUGGUCAGCCACCUGCUCAUCGACAAGUUCAUCAUGGUGAUGUGGCAUCAACAUCUGGCCGUCCCAUCCGUUCACCGGCGGAGAGAACAAGCUCACCGGAGAGUUCAUCCUCAGGAGACCAUGGCCAUCCCUCACAGGCUGCUGGGGGAAGUGAAAACAUGGAAAUGGCUGUUGAUAAUGAUCCUUUGUGGCGUUGGGAUCAAUUAAUUGAUCAAUUGGCACCCUAAGAUGGAAUAGAUAUCAAUUAAUGGACAGGAUAUCUUGAUCAGCUGAAUCUUAAGGUAUUGAAAUAUCUGUGGUUUUCCUUAAUUUACUUAAGGAAAGUAGGGUUUAAUUAAGAGCUUUAACACAGUAAAUUAAGGAAAGUAGGGUUUAACUCUAUUUUUGGCUAAGGCCAAAAUUCUUUGUUUGCUGUCAUGUAAUUCUCGUUAAUAAUUACCUAGAGACGUAUAAUAAUUAAGCUUUCAGUUUAUUAGUUUAGGGAAUGUAAAAUAAUUUUUUAAUGUAUUAUGUAUCUAAUCGA